CAUUAUUCCAUUUUCCACUUCAUUUUAUCAGUUUUGGAGUAAAAUAUGAAGUGGUGUUGGUUGGAGAUGCUUACUAGGUAACAUGCAUGCUUACUGUAUAUAAAGUGUGCAAAUAAUAAUUGUGAAAGUUGAUAGUAGAAUAGGUUACAUUAACUUGACAUAAAACAAACUGUUACAUGUGUAUAAAUAUAAAUGUGUAUGUGUAAUGCUUGUAACUUGUAGGAGACCUCUUAUCAAAGUAACCAUUCUAAAUUACAAAUAUAAUUGUACCUAUACAGUGGCGGACCCAGGAAAUUUUUUUACCUGGGUCAUAAUUAAAAUUCAUUUAAACAUUAAACCCAAUUAAAACAAAUAAUGAUUUUAUAUUAAAAAAAAAGAUGACAUAUAUCUGUGAGUGCUGAGGUUCGAACCAGAAAAAGGGGGGUCACUGGGUUCAAACUAUAACCAACUGAGCCAAUAUCCAAUACAUAAACAAGCUUACAAAUUAAUUUUUUAUUUUUAACCUGUGUCAAUUGCACCUCCACCAUAGGUCCGCCUCUGGAGAUAAUAUAGUAUUUUUAUCUUAUAAUAUAUAGAAGUGAAAGAGUAUCUAUAAUUUCUGUUCUUUAACCGUUUUUACUGACAAGAAAUAGCUUUUUCUACCAAUUUUUAUUACCUUUACCAGUUUUAAAUUACAAACAUGAAUCGAGGUUAUUAACUUUAUAUUAUUUAGAGAAAAUUCGUGAUUAACUAGAAAAAUAGCAAUGAGAUAAAGAAAAUAAAGUUAAUGAUGAUAAAAGCAAAUAGAUAUAUUCAUUCUUCUGGUUUCAUUUGAUUACAAUGAAUGUUAUAACAAAACUUCAUUAUAGACCAAAAUUUUCCAGCGAUAACUCUAUUUGGUAAAUAAAACGGCUGCCUAAAAAUAUUAUGCUAUCAAAAGUAUAUAUUUGGUCAAAAUUACAUAACAAGUAAUUUAUUUAUCUCCAUCAUUUCUUUUCUUAAGCACCACACGAUUUCUUUACUAGGUGAAUAUUCUAACAUUUUUAUUAUUAGAUAUGAAAAACGCAAAAAAACUUACAAUUAAUGCUCUUCAAAUUUCUUUCCCUAAAUGUAUUUCACAUAUAAACAUACAGUAGAUAUUUAUAUUUACUUGAUUUUUUUUUCUAUCGCUGUGUCAUUGUCAUUUUAAAUUUAUUUUUUGUUUCCUAAAUUUUAAAAAAUCUGUAAGAUAUCAUUUUAUUUAGAUCUCUGACUAAAAUGCAGUAAGAUCUAAAUAAUAGAAAAAGCUUAAACCAUAUGAUUUUAUAUUUCCAUAAGAAAAAUUUAUAUAUACGGGUUUAAAACUAUAAAUUAUACUCCACAGUAUCAGUUACACAAAAAUUGCUAACACAAUAAGAUUAGGUGGUAAUAAAUAAGAAUUAUAUACGAAACUAAAGUCUUAACGGCAACAAUGCUUUUUUUUCAGGGGAAUAAAAGAUGAGUGCAAAAAGCGCACAUGGAGUUUGGAAACGUAAAGGCAGACGUUAGUUUGGUGCUUAACUUGCGAGAAGCAGAAAGGCAUCGGCAAUACCUUUAUUAAUUUAUCGCCGAGAUAAUAAACGAUUUUUAUAUAUAUAUGUCAAAGAUUACAAGCUUGAUGCAAGAAGAGGUAACGUUAGGUGAGGUUUCAGAGACGAGAGAAGACGCAUUUGCGGACAAUAAUCAUGUGUUGGAUAUUUGUCGGAAAAGAAAGAGAUCAGAUGAAGAAGAACAAGAACUUGUGGAGGAAGACAACGACGGGUUCAAAACACCGACCCGUCCGGAAAAUAGAAUCCCUGAGGUCAGAGAAUGCCCACCGGCGCCGAGGAAGGGGGAAACGGAAUACUUGGCGAUGCGCAGAGGUAACACAAUGUGGUGCCGUAGACGGUUGAGUUUCUCGCCGGAAAAUGCCGUCGGCUCGUUUAUAACGGACUUGCAGUGGAUGACAACGUCAAUGACGAUCAAGAAAUAAUUAAUAGAGAGAGAUACUAAAGUUAGUUUUUUAUAUUUUAUUAUGACCAUUUUUAGGUCACGUUCGGAAAAUAUCUGAACGUUUUUUUCCCGCAGAUAGAUAACAAGAAAAUAGUUGAUUAAACUGGUAUUUUGUUUUUAAGUUGCUUCACUCUCGAAUAUAGAUAUAUGUUUCGAGAUGAUGAUUAUUUGUGCAUUGUUAUUUUCUUUUUUUUUGUUACGUUUGAUUAAUAUGUAUAUGUUGUUUUCUUUUUAAUAGUUUACAGUACCAUAUAAUUUCUCAAAUAUGUUUUUUUCAUGAUAUAUUAACCUCAAAUUGCUUGUAUGACAUAAGAGCUCAAAUUUAUAAGUGUACAUUCAGGUUGCAUUAGUCAAGGAUGGAACAAAACAAGUAACCUUGUGAUAACGGAAGCUACAUAACAUAUUUGUUGACAAUAUUGAUCAGUCACAAUGAACGAAGGAUGAUACUGUAAAGUUAAAGUUAAGCAAACCAAAGUGAAAAAAGGAGGAGAAACAUGAAGAAGAAGACAUGACUAGAAAUAUGAUAGAGAAUUUUAUAAACGCUUUAGGGAUCGAGGCCUUAUUUAAGUUCCUUCGACUUCUAAAGUUGGAACAUCCAAUGCUAAAAAAGGCUAUCUCGUGAAACACUCAAUCGUCUCAUGUCUUAAGCUUCUUCCUUUUUCUUAUGGAUCUUCAAAAUCUUUUUUUGUUUAAUGUUUUCUUCUUUCUCAUUCUUUUAUUUUUGUUGCCGUUAUGUUCGUUUCGUCUAUGUUACUCUCUUCCCUUUAUGUGGCUUUCGGUUUUGUUGACCUGACUUGUAAUUUGUUAAUUAAUUGACCAUUUAUUUUAUUAAUUUGAUUGCAGCUUGAAUGAAACGUUAUGAUUAUAUAAUUAAUUAACAAAUAAAAAAGAGAUGGGAAAGAGAUCAAUAUCUGCACUUUACCUAAUAGAUAAAUAAAGAUUGUGGAAGCUUAUAACUAAAUGUAUCAGACUAUAAAUUUCACACAUAUAAAUACAAGUUAAUGUUGAUAUAUCAGAAACUUAAUCUUAAAACAGUUUAACUCUGUUAUAAUUAAUCAUGAUAUAAAUAGUUCCGCUGAAUGCUGAUAAAAUCAAACAGUAACCACCUAAGUACCUUAAACUCUUCUUUCUUUAGAGCAUAAUUUCAUUUUUUUUUCCUUCAAAUAGAGUAAAAUGAAAUCUAUACUAUAUUAAAAGGGAGAUAUACUCAACUCUAAAGCUGUCCACAUCAAAUAAAAAAAUCAGCCACUAAUAUUGCAGCAAUCAUCCAUGUCAUUUUGAUUAAUCUUGAUUUGGGCUUCGUGUUUUAUUUGGGCUUUUUCUCUUACUUUUGCUUAAUUUUUUUUAGCUUCUCUUGGCUUCAACGAAAAACGAAAUCUGUCUUUCUUCUUCGACGCGAGUCACGCGACUGUGAUGACCUUUCGCGAUUCUUCUUUCGAACUGAAACGGUGUUAUUAAUGGCUGUGUGAUUACUCGAAUUGAUUCACCUCUCCACGAUUCAUCUUCAAUGUUUGGUUUAGAUGUGAAAGGCGGUGUGUAAACAGUAUAAAUAGAUGUGACUUGUGAGAUCCCUCUCCUUGAACUUAUCUUCUCUUCAAUCAUCAAUCUAUUUUUUUUUAAAAGCUUGAGUUCAGAUGAUUCUGGUUUCGUUUUAUUGAUUUAGAAAGUUUUAGUUUAUAUGAUUUUGUGUUCCUUUAUUGAUUUUAUUUAAGGUUUAUGAUGUAAGAUGAUGCUGUUAGAACCGAUUAAUCGAUUUAAUAUUUGUUGUAAUUUGUUUCAUCUACUCGAGGCCUCUUGCAGGCAACGCUCAUCUAAGGAUCAAUCACCUUUUACCGUUGCAAGAAGGCCCAGUUUAUGAGUUAAAUGGUUUGAUUCCGAGAAGCAAUCCAACCUUCUUUGCUGACGCAGCCGUUUCUAUUAAAUUCACGGACCAUACAGCUUUCGUGGAGGUCACAGACAUAACUAAGCUGAUCCUGAAUCCCGAGGGAGAGCUUCAGGUUCCGCAAUACGAGUAGCUCAUGUCACUUGCCAAUACCAGCACUCAUUUUUCAGGUUUGAAUAGCUAAAGCUUCACUACAAGCACACUAUAUAAUAAGUAGCAUUUAUGUUUAUCUUGGUUAACAGAUAUAGUUGGAGAAAUUAGGAGCAACAAAACCAUGUACAACGAAGACACCCAGAGCACUCAACGCCGCAAGGAAACCAUAAAGUUUGAUGAUAGGUAUUUGAUAUUUUGCUUCCAUAAACUUUUAACGUGUAACUUAUAUGUUUGUGCGAAGUUUAGUGUACGAUAAGAUACCUCUUUCCAACCAUUUCAGGGACAAGCCUGUCUGCCUCAGUGUUGUUGAUGGCCUUUCUGCGGACCUAGACACACAACUACUAAGCUCUGGCUGAAUCCCUGAAGUUACAGCUUUAGAAUAUUUAUUUAAUGACUCUGCUUCACUUUCUUUUUAUCAUGUGCGUUUCCAGGCACAAUCUUUGCAGUAUUUGGGAUUCUACAAUUACAUGGUGUCUCUACCACAGUCCUCUCUAUAAGUAGCUUCAAAAUAUGAAUAGGGACAAAAACAUUUGAAUGGAUCACGUCUUAUUAAUAUUUCUAUCUUGAGUGCAGUUCGAGCUUGAAAAUUGUUGUGUCAAAGCAGUAAACCGGAGAAAGAAUAAGAACAUGUACAGAGUUUGGGUUCGUGGGAAGUUCCAAAAGCCAGUUCUAAAAUAAAGAACGGGAAGUGCUGGUCCAAUGCGGAAUGGCUAAAAAGUUUAUUUAUUUUUUAAUAACUUCAUGUCAAACUCUUUUGCGGCUCUUCUAGCAUGCAGCUUCUUUGCAUAGUGCAUCUUCUCAACUGCUCAUUGAUUCGACCCUCUGUCUCAAUGUGUUUGACGGAUAAGUCAACCACCUUCCCUAAAGUUUGAACGUUUGGGGUUUGGAACCAACAACCCAAAAAAAACUUUUUGUUAAUAAUAUUUUGAGAUUGUUUGUUGUAAUGUCCAAAUAUGGGAAUCAUCUGAUAUAAAUUGAGAAAUGCUUCUUCUAGAGGGGAGGAGGAUAUGAAGAAAUCCAUCUUCAAGCUCCCAGUUUCUUGAUCUGAUUCUUUCUGAUUGCUCAUGUUUAUUAACUAGAAACAUCGAACUAUUUUAUACUAAUCAGAGAAUCCAAUAUCAUGUGAGCUUUCAUCAAUGGGUGCUUUCACACAACACACAUGCAGAUACACAUUUAAUAAGAAUUACAACAAGUGCAUCUACUUCUGUUAUCCACAUACUUGCGUCAGAGGACUCAUCAGAACCUAUAUAUUUGUGACAAAAAAGUAUUAAAUCAUUUUUAGUGUUGCUACGUACGGAAGAGGUUGUCUGCAAGGGCUAUGGAGAUGAUAAAGUUCUAAGAUAAUAAAGAAGAGGUGAAUAAAGAAUUAAGAGAAAAUGUGUACUGGAAAUCACAAAAGAAAACUGAAAUGUUCUGGAGUUUAUACACGUUUAUUAAUUUUAGUCUGAAGAUCUUUAGUGAUAAUCACAAAACAUGAUAUAAAUAUAAUUCACAUUUUUGUAAAUUGUUUCAAAACCUUAAUAACAGUUUUUUGUAUCUUCCAUCAUCUAUGUUUAAUUAUUAACAUAAAAUAAACAUAUCAUAUUGACCAUAUAACAAAAAGUUACAUUUUUUCGUAUAUUUUAUUAUUUGAAUUUUAGAAAAUGACUAUAAAUUACUAAUACUAUUCAAAUUCCCACAUUAAAGGUUGUGAUCAAGGGUUUAAAAAUUGUAUUGUAGAAAAUAUAAAUAAUCGUAAAACAUAUGAGUGAAAAUUUUCAUUUAAUAGAUAUUCAAUAUAUAUAUAUAUAUAUAUAUUAAAGUAUAUACCAUAUAAAAAUAUAAAAAUAUUUUUAUUUCAAAAUUUUCAUUGAUGAUUUGCAGUGAAUAUUCAAGAGCUGUUAUAAAUUACUAAAAUUAUUAAAAGUCUCACAUUAAUUUCUUUUGUUAUCAUAAGCUUACAAUUUUUGUUAUAAAAGAUGCAUAAAAUCAUAAAACCAUACGAUUAAUAAUUUUCAUUUAAUAGAUAUCUAUAUUAAAAUACAUUAUAUAUUUAUGUUAAUAUCAUUUUUUCCCCAAAAACAAUUUCCUAAAAAAGUAAUUUAUGUUACUAUCAUUUAAAUUUAUUUAUAUCUACACAAAAUAUAUAAAAAUGAUUGUUUAGAUUUAUUUACCUAUAAUUUAUCACCAGUUUAUCACUUUUAACUUAAAAAUGUCUAUUUGAGAUCAUUCUCUAUAAUUUAUCAUUGGUCAAUUUUACUAUUUAAUUAAAUGCUAAAUAUAUAAAGAUAUGUUUCUUAAUAUUUGUAUUUUUAACCCAAAAUACUUAUAAUUUGAAACAAAAUAAAUAUUAAACAUAAUAAUAGAUUUUUAGCCUACAAUUUACUGUUACAUCUCAAUCACAACUUACAAAAUACUAUCUCACUUAUAUAUAUAUAUAUAAAUAAUAAAUUAUUAUAAAUAUAAAAUGCACCACAUAAGUUAUUAUAUGAUAAUAACUUCCAGUACAACAGCAUGAAUACUCAGAAAGAAAAGAUGUAAUGCCACCCUAAGAAAAAAACAUAACUAAUUA